AUGGGUAACAGCGAAAGUGUGCCCAUUCCUGGAGGUGGUACUGAAGGAUAUCAUGUGUUGCGGGUGCAAGACAAUUCUCCUGGUCAAGCUGCAGGUUUGGAGCCUUUCUUCGACUUUAUAGUUUCUAUUGGGAAUAUCCGAUUGGAUAAGGAUAAUGACACGAUGAAGGAGAUUCUUAAGCAACACGUUGAGAAACCGAUAGAAUUGACGGUGUACAAUAGUAAAACUCAAACUGUUCGUCAAACAACCGUUGUGCCCUCCGAACUAUGGGGAGGACAAGGUUUGCUGGGAGUUUCAAUUCGUUUCUGCUCCUUCGAUGGUGCUAGUCAGCAUGUCUGGCACGUGGUUUCUGUGCAGCCCAAUUCUCCUGCAUCUAUCGCAGGAUUGCAAUCGAACUCUGAUUAUAUUCUCGGCGCUGAAAGCGUGCUAAACCAAGCAGAUGACCUUAUAGCUCUUGUUCAGGCAAAUGAAGGGAAACCUUUGAAACUGUAUGUUUACAAUGUUGAGACUGAUGUUGUAAGGGAGGUCAGCUUGACCCCAAAUUCAGCAUGGGGAGGUGAAGGUUGUUUGGGAUGUGAUAUCGGUUAUGGCUAUCUUCACCGAAUACCGAUAUCAGUGGAUCGCUCAAAGUCCGCUGUUCCUCCUCCAAUUAUUGCCACUCAACCUGCUAAAUUGCCACAACCAGGCAACACUGGAAUUCCGCAAGUUGACCAGGUGAGCAAACCACCUGCGCCAUCUUCUUUCCCUGAUCCUAGCCAAUUUGCUGCUCCUGUCAACAUUUCGCAAUCGAACAGCUUCAUGCCUCCGUCUACAUUUCCACCUGCUCCACCGUCUACUUUUACACCACAGUCCACGUCGACUCCAAUGAUUCAGCCUCAGACUUCCAACGGUUGCGCUGAUGGUCAUUCUCACUCCCAUGAUGGGCACAGCCACAAUCUUUCACAUAGCCCAUCUCCACCUCCUGCGCUUGGCUCUCAGACUUCGCAGCAAAAUUAUCAACAUCCUCCUCUGCCGCCACAAUCAGUUCCUGACAAUUACUAUGCUCAUCAGCAACAGCAGCAACAAUACCAGACGUAUCAACCACCACAAAGCACUACACAGUUUUCUACAGCGACAUCUACUAUUGGAAUCUCAUCGUCAAUGCCUUACACGUCCGCUGCAUAUUCAAUGCCGAUGACGAGCUACUCUCCAUCCGUUCUCACUUCCAUGCCACCACCUCCGCAGCCCCUUCCACCCACUCUCCAACCUUCAUCCAACCAGGCUUAUUUUCCUCCACCUCAACCUCCUAAUCUCACGCCCUCGAUUCCUUCUGCGAUCCCUUCAGUCGUACCUUCGAUGUUUGCAACAGGAAGUUCUACCGCCACAAACGCCGCAUUUCCGCCACCUCCACCAAUCAACUUUCCGAUGCCUUCUUUGAGUUCAAUUGGAAUUACUCAACUGGCUCCCCCUCCUACAACAUCGGCUGAUUCUUAUCAACAGCAAUACCAUCACGGCCCAAGCCCGAGUUAUCCCGUGGCCUCUAGAAGGCGGCAAUUAUUAUUGAAAGAAAAAUUAUGCAUCACAACAUUUAAUAAUUUGGUCUGUUGUGUUACGCCGCACAGGUUAUUCAGACAAGCACGCUCAACGUUUAUAACAGAUAUGACUUCAAUUGAAAUCGAAGCAGCUGAUGUUGUUCGGUUAAUUGAGCAAUAUUUGAAAGAAAACAAUCUUAUGAGGACACUUGCUGUUCUUCAGGAGGAGACAAAUAUCACCCUUAAUACAGUUGAUAGCAUUGAUUCGUUUUCACAUGAAAUCACAAAUGGACAUUGGGACACCGUGCUCAAAAUUAUACAACCGCUUAAAUUACCGGCGAAGAAACUUAUCGAUUUGUACGAGUUGAUGGUUAUUGAAUUGGUCGAACUGCGUGAGUUAGCAACCGCUCGUCUUAUUGCCAGACAAACUGAUCCCAUGCAUCUGCUCAAGCAGAUGGAUCCAGAAAGGUAUGCGAGACUGGACAACCUGAUCAAUCGGCCAUACUUCGAUCCUGGUGAAGUAUUCGGAGAUAUUAGUAAAGAGAAACGCCGACAGGCAAUCGCCAAUUCUCUAGCAAGCGAGGUAAAUGUUGUCCCUCCAUCACGCCUUUUGGCAUUACUGCAACAGUCCUUAAAGUGGCAGCUUCAUCAAGGUCUUCUUCCACCAGGUACACAGAUUGAUCUUUUCCGUGGAAAGGCGGCGAUGAGAGAACAAGAAGAUGAGAGAUAUCCUACCCAGCUAGCACGACAUAUCAAAUUUGGAGCAACUAGCUAUCCUCUAUCAACAGUGUUCUCACCCGACGGUCAGUUUCUAGUUUCGGGAUCCAAGGACGGGUUCAUCGAAGUAUGGAAUUUUAUGAAUGGGAAGCUACGUAAAGAUCUCAAGUAUCAGGCUCAAGAUAACUUGAUGAUGAUGGAUGAUGGAGUAUCUGCGCUAUCGUUCUCGAGAGACUCUGAAAUGAUUGUCUCCGGCAGUGUAGAUGGACGUAUAAAGGUUUGGCGUAUUCAAACUGGAGAUUGCCUUCGGCGAUUCGAGAAAGCUCAUAAUGCCGCUAUUAAUGCAGUGCGCUUCAGCAAAGAUAACUCUCAUGUUCUCUCUUGCGGCAACGAUCAUUUGAUCAAGGUCCAUGGACUCAAAAGUGGGAAGUGUUUGAAGGAAUUACGGGGACAUACCUCAUAUGUGACAGACGUACGUUAUCUUGAGGAAACAAAUCAAGCAAUAUCUUGCUCUGCGGAUGGAACUCUCCGUGUUUGGAAUCUCAAAACAGCAGAAUGUGCUACUACGUUCCGCAUCUCCGGAGAUACUCCAGUUAACUCGGUCACGCCUAUUCCGAAGACUGAUCAAGUGAUUGUUUGCAACCGUUCGAACACCCUAUACAUUGUUAAUCCUCAAGGACAGGUGGUUCGAUCUAUGACGUCAGGCAAACGAGGAAGUGAAGGAGAGUUUAUCGCUUGUACAGUCUCGCCACGUGGUGAAUGGGCGUACGCUGUUGCUGAGGACGGUGUGCUGUACUGUUUCCCAUUGCUCACUGGUGUCCUAGAAAAUACACUUCCAGUGAGCGAAAAACAAGUGCUAGGGUUAGCACACCAUCCUAAUCAGAACUUAAUAGCGACAAUCUCGGAAGAUGCGCUUUUGAAAUUGUGGAAGGAUUAA